AAAUGUGAUUGAAGUGUGAAAUGUUUGAUGUUUGGUUUUUUGCAAAAUAAAAACAACGCGGUGGUGAUAAAAUUAAUUUAAAGUUACUAAUAAUUAAUUUUCGUUUAAAUCUGUUCCAUUUAUUCAUUCUGACAAAGAUGGCAGAAAACGCCACCGAAAUAUUGGAAACGCCCAUGUUCAAAUGCGAACUGAAUACGCUUUCGAGAGCAGAUGGCUCGUGCAUUUAUAGUCAAGAUGACACUGUCGUAGCUACAGCUGUCUAUGGUCCAGUGGAAGUGAAACAGCAUAAAAUGCAUAUUGACAAAGCUCACGUCGAGAUACUAUUUAGACCUAAAUGCGGAGCAUCUCAAUUGGAAGAUCGACUCUGCGAAUCGAUAAUUUCGAGAAUUUGUGAAACUGCUAUAAUAACCUCCGCCUACCCUCGCACAGCUAUUUAUGUAAUUAUACAAGAAAUGCAAAACGAAGGAUCACUAUUAGCUAGUACCAUAAAUGCAACAUGUUUAGCUUUAAUCCAUGCUGGAAUAUCGAUGAAUUUUCUGUUUGCUGCUGUCACUUGUGCAAUACCUCAGGAAGACGAAGAUAUUCAAUUCAAGGAAGGUACUUCUGAAGAAUGUUCGUUAACAUUUGUGUUUGAAAACACGUCGAGUAAAAUUCUUGCGAUCGAUUCGCACGGUAAAUUCACCGACGAGCAGUAUAAAAGCUGUUUGGAAGUUUGUAAACGUUCGUCCGAAGUUAUUUUUACGUUUUAUAAAGAUAUGAUAAAGAAAUAUGCUACAAAGAUGUGAUGAGUAGAAUAUGUUACCUAGUGUUUUAAUUCAAUUAUAUUAUAUUAUAAGGCGUGCCGAGUGAAGUAGUGUGUGUUAGAGUAUCUUUUGUAAAUAUUCUUGCUUAUUUGUUUUUUAUUGAAGAAUAAAUGUACUUAAAAUUAUAA